UAGGGCCGUUUUAGGUGAAUUUCAGGUAACCACUGACUUCCGGUGGAGAUUUAUGCCUGGAAGACCAGACUCAGGGAAAAGGCCCCGCCCACCCCACAGUUCUCGUCUGCUUCCUGUUGGACCUGAGUUACUUUUUGAAGUUCAGGCUCAGACAGCGGAUUUAACUAUGAGCCUAAGCUGGAUAAUCACGUCUCCACACCCCAGCUGGCUUUCAUAAUAAGAUGUUUGUAACCGGAAUAUUCGGGCGGCCAGACAUGAUUUACAAAAACUAAACCGAAAACUUACAUUUUCUUUGGAACAAAAGAAAAGUCCGACGGAAUCAGAUCAGAUCAUCAUGCCCGACGUGUCAAAGAUGAAGAAACCGGACGUUAAGGUAGUUCUGCUGGGAGACAUGCACGUGGGAAAGACGUCGCUCCUCCACAGGUACACGGAAAGGAAGUUUAAGGACACCACCAGCACCGUCGGAGGGGCGUUUUUCCUCAAACAGUGGGGGCCCUACAACAUUUCAAUAUGGGACACCGCAGGCCGAGAACAGUUCCACGGUUUGGGCUCCAUGUACUGCAGGGGCGCAGCCGCAGUCAUUCUCACCUACGAUGUCACCAACUGGCAGAGCCUUUCAGAGCUGGAGGAGCGCUUCCUGUCCCUUACAGAUACCGCCAACCAUGACUGCAUCUACGCUAUAGUGGGCAACAAGGCAGAUCUCACCGACCCGAAAGCCCAGCUGUCCCCAAACUCUGAUAGUUUCUCCGAGGACCAAACGGACAUUGUGGAAGACAGGACAGAACCUCAGGUGUUGUCUGCUUGUCCAACCCCUCCAGCCUCCCCCACUUCCCUCUCUGGCGUGGUUCCCCGCAAACAGGUAUCACGUGAGGACGCGAUGGCUCUCUAUGGAAGAAUACUGCGCUACAAAGGUCUGGAUGAGAAGAGCAGCCUGCCUGCAGACAAGAUGUGCUUCGAGACGAGCGCCAAGACCGGCUACAAUGUGGACGCUCUGUUCGAGACGCUGUUCGACCUGGUGCUGCCUUCCAUCCUGAGGAAGAGGCACGAGAACCACGAGUCGCCAACUGUGGAUCUAGAGGACUGCAGGGGAAGUGGCAAGCGGGUCCGAUCCUCCUGCUGCUGAGGGUCUAAGAAGUCUAACAGCUGACGCGUUUUUUUUUUUUUUUACCAAUUCAGCUGGUCUGAGCACCAAUUCUGCACUGUGAUGGUACAAUUGCCUUGACUAGUAACACUAUCAAGAGGAACCUUUGACUUUUCUUUGUUUUUUCUGGAACCAUCCACAUUGACUGAAAAUGCACUUGUGAAUCCCAAAGAUGGAUUUAAUGACUGCAAGUAAUCCAAUCUUUUCCUAGAUGAAUUUCACUGCACCAAUAGUUAGUUGGGCGACACUUUGCACUGUUUUUCUUUUUUUUAACACCACUUCACUUUAAUGUUCAAUCAGACACUGAGCUUUACAUUUCAUUGAAGCAAUCCAGUAUUUUCUAUCAAAUUUACCUGUGAAACUUUUAAGUCCUAAUAAAGAUUUUUACUUUGCAGCUUAA